CCGUCUUUUAAGUUAAGUCCCCGCUCAUGCGUGUUUGUGCAGUGUCUGCCGGAGGCGCACUCACACUCUGCACCGCUCCUUCACUCACUCACUCUUCGUCUGUACGCCCAUCCACUGCACACUCCCUCCCACGCCCCAAUGCACUUCACUCAUUCACUCCUCCCUCAUUCGAGGAGAUCUUCACACCACAGCACUCGUGCAUUCACAUACUCACAGCAGACUCUGAGCAACACGCAAUUGUAGGGCCGCCCGUGGUGUCCGACAUGGGCACAACACUGGCCCAUGUUCACGUAUCACUAUGGAUAGGCCUAAAUGCGCACCUUCUUCAUGCAUCCUCUGUUGAGCUCGAAGGCACACAAGCAAACAUGACAGAUAAACUAGCCCUCUCGAUAAAAGUGCGCUUCCAAAAGACACCCGGCAUGCAGCCAGCUACCCAUCCCUUUCAUCACUCACUCCAGCUCCGGGUAAUUCCCCUGCGUGCUCCCAGCUGGGGGUGUGGCUUGACGGCUCUCGCUCUUCGUCGACUCGGUCCGUUGAUCGGUCUGCUGGCCGCCUUCAUCCGCCGGGCCGGGCCUGACCGACCGAUUACACACAUGAAACAGCAGUGAGACCGAGAGGAGAGCAGUCGAUGAACGUGGGUGGCUAGCUCAUGACUGACUGACUGAUCAAUCACACUGACAUACCUAGCGUUGUCUGGCGCAUCGUCUGGGCGAGGGAGGUGUGUUAAUGGGUACCUGCCGAAGGGGACGACAUCACAGAACCGCACGCAGCGCUCGUUGUUCUCUCUUACUCGCCCAGGUAAGAUCCCGACUCCGGUCCGUGGUGUUUGGUGCCGAUCUCCUCGACCAGCCUCAGGAACUCCUCUCUGUCCCUCAGCGAACUGUCGUCGUUGACACAGACGCCCAGCUGCCUCAGCUCCCUUUUGGUCAGCCAGGCGAAGUGGAUGGGGUACUUGGCCUGCGGAUUCAUGUAGCAGUACGCAAGACUCACCUUGCUGAACUCUGGCUCCUUUACUAUUGAGCCGCCCAUUG